UACGGAAAAGAAGCCAUUUUAAUCUAAUACGCAGCCGCACAUGAAAUUUAACUUCCGUUAGCUAGUUAGCUUAUGUGGCUAUCUAGUUAGCUUGUUGGAUUUCUGUCUGUCUUCUCACCAUUUGUUCAAGUUAAGGUAGGGUUGGAUUGACAAAGAAGAUACCUAGCAACGCAACCUAACUGGCAAGCGACUGCAGAAGCUGGUCUCAGCGGUUUAAUGUUCGAAGUAUCUUCUAGGAAUCCUCCUGCACAUUCGGUACACCCCUUUCUGGACUACAACUAAGUCAAGGCUGUCUUGUUAGUUUACUAAAAUGGUGAAGAUAUUUGUUGGGAAUGUGAACUCAUCAACCACUGAGCCAGAACUGCGUACCCUAUUUGAGAAAUAUGGUCAGGUGUCAGAUUGUGACAUUCUGAAAAACUAUGGCUUUGUGCACAUGAAUGAAGAGGAGGAGGCCCAGAAGGCAGUGGCAGAACUCCAUAAGUAUGAGCUUAAUGGUGCGCGCAUCACUGUGGAAUUUGCAACUACAAAGGUCCGCAAUGCCACAAAAAUCUACGUUGGGAAUGUUCCUGAGGGUACCACAGCUGCCAAGAUAAGAGAGCUCUUCCAGCCAUUUGGUAAGGUGGUUGAGUGUGACAUUGUGAAGAACUUCGCCUUUGUGCACAUGCAACGAGAAAAAGAUGCAAAUGAGGCCAUUUCCAAGUUAAACCACUCCAAACUGGAGGGCCAAAAGAUAAUUGUAUCCAUCUCCCGCAACAAUCAAGCCAGAAAUGGCAGAAGGGAUGACUACCCUCUCUCAUAUCACCACUACUCACCUUACCCACACCACUACCUCCCCCCUCGAGCUCCACAUGGGGACUACUACCCACCCUGUGGCCGCCUUCCCCGCCCCCCCCUUCCUCCGCCCCCCCCCAGGGCUUACUAUGAGCAUGACCUAUAUGAGAGGAGUUAUUAUGAACGGGGUCCUUAUGAACUGCUGCCCCCCCCACUUCCCCAGCAGUCGCUUACUCCCCAGGUUCCUUCACGUUAUUACCGGGAACGAAGUCCCCUGGCUAGCCAGCGCAAUCUGUUGCCUCCACCUUCUUCUGCCGGCUAUCCUCAAAGUGGUGAUUUUGAUGGUGGCAGCCCUCCUUCUUCUUUGGGAUAUGCUCUGGGCUCGGGCUUUGAUAAAGAUGAUUACUUUGAGGAGAAUUACUCGAAUGGUUUUGUUAGAGGCUACUAAGGGCAUGUUUUACUAUUUAAAUGUAGGCGAAGAAGCAGCGUAUGAGUGUGCAUUUAGGUUUUUUUAAGUGGGUGCAAUUGUAUUAUAUAGAGAAACGGGUAAUAGGAACAAUACUGUACAUUGAAACUUACUUAUUGAAGUCAAUCAGCUCGCUUUUGAUUUUGAUUCAUUUUUGUUUAUAAUGAAUAAUCUGCAGGUUUAAUGUUGCAUUGUUUACAAAUUUGUAGACUGGGUGUGGUAGACCAGUGUCACUGAAUGUUAAUAUUUUAUUUUGAACUUUUGAGUGUAGUAUUUAUUGGUGUAGUAUAGGAAUUAUGUUUCAUGUAGUUAGCUCGAAAUUGAGCUGAUGGCACUUAGUUGUGUAUGUAGCUGUGUAUGUUUUUGAUGUUUUAUGGGAUAUUGAGAAUAAUCAGUGGUUAUCGGAUUUAAUCAAAUGUAUUUUUUUCACCAGUUCCGAAAAUCUUCCAUUUAAGACAGUUAUUUUUCUGUCAGAAGGGUUAAAUGUUUUCUAAGUCCUUUAAAAAUAUCCCAUAUCACUCAGGUCCUUGUUAUUCACCCCAAUUCAAAGGUUGGGUUGUUUGUUGUGUUCAAACUGGCUGACCUACUAAGCAAACACAACAGCUGACCAAGCUCAUCUCAACUGAAGGCCUUGCUACGGUCAACACAGCGUCCUAGCAUCAGCGCCUCCAAAACCAAAUCUGAUAUGACCGUUACAUUGACUUGACCGACUAAAUAAAAUAACCACCAAAAAAUUGUUGCACCUUCAGAGUCUCUAUUAGUAUUUCACAAUGUGCAUAUUAACUCUUCAUUCGGUGUCCACUACAAAUCCUUUUUGGUUUUGUAUAACGUGGAUAUAAUCCAAGAUAAGAGACGUCUACGCCUAUAGGCUUUACUGAUUGUACUCUUCUCAGCAUUUUGCUAAAAAUAAAAUGCUGAAUUCUAAUGCAUCUUGCCAGAACAAACCGUGAGCUAUUUUGAUUGACUGUUUAUUUUUGUCUUCCCGAGUUCCUUAUUACGGUUGUUUAAACGUUGACAAAUUUGACUUGUUAUGAUUAGAGGAAAUACAUAAAGAAUGUCUUGAUCAGCCGCUGUUGUUAUUUAGCCACUUAAAUAAAAUGUCGACCUCCCUGAUCCGGCAAUUUUUUUUAUUUAAUUUUGACUUGACUAUUUUUACAAACUGGUAGUGGAAUAAUUUGUGCUCUAAUGUAUGAUUGACAGUUACCUUGUUCUUUAAAUUAUUUUUGACUCCAGUGAAAAUUUUUCCUCAUUCCUAGUUCAUUACAAUGUAAAUUGUGUUCAUGUUAAAAUGUAUUAGAAUCUGGGUGUCUGGGCCAUGCAGAAUCUCUCAUUUUACAUAACUCUUCACAAACGUACCCACAAAGGGAAUAAAGUAAGUGAACUCUGUGUAAGAUGUGACACAUCGCCUCUCCCUUUAGCUGAGUCACUUCCUUUCAAAACAGAUCUGCAGUUGAAUGUUUUUUGUAUGUAAGAUAUUCUGUGCACACCCAUUUGAUAAGGUAAGUGGAAAAACAAGGUAUUGAAUUUGAAUGUAUAAGUGCACAGAACUUGCAGCAUAGUCUCUAACAAUUCUAUAUGUUUUACUUUUGAUGGUGUGUAACAUUGUAAAUUCUCCAUGUUGCACUUCUCCAGUUCAAACCCACUGUUUCUCACAUUUUCAGUCAUGUCACAGGAGCCUUUAAAGUAAGUAUUUUACAUAGCUAACUUUGUCAAAUGUCCCUGGUCUUGAAGAACUUAAUAAGUGAGAAUGAGGACAAAGGAACCUGGGAAGUGAUGAUUUCCUCAAUGCUAUUCCUUUUCAAGCAUAUGGAAGGAGAAUCAGAUGUUUUUAUACUGUCCUCUUUCACCCCUGCAGGUUUCCACAUCUACUCAUCCUCUUCUAGCUCAAAAAGUAUAUCAGUUUACAGUCCCUGAUAUAUAUGUAAGGGUUUGUGAGUAUUACAUCAUAACGAUUUGUCCAUGUAUCAUUGUUCGAGGGAAUUCUAACAGCUGCCAAUUUGGAAAGUUGAAACAUGCCAUAUUUUGUAACCUGACAAUAAAUUAUAUAAAGCAUUGGGAAUUACAUUUGU